AUGGCAACGGCCGACGAGCUCGUCCUCGAGCGGGAAAUCUUUGGUGGUCCCGCCGUCACCGUCAAUAAGGCCACGUACGGCGGCAAGAUCGUGGUCACAAAAAGUCCCAAGCUGCCGGUGCCGCGUGUUGCGAAAUGUUUUAUGCAAGAAAUCGACACGAUGCGCACGCACACGUCGCCAUACCUCCAGCCGCUGCUUGCAGUCCUCGACAAUGGCUCACGACAGCCGCACGUCGUCCUGCCCCAGGUCCACCUCUACAGCCCGACGAUGGUCAUGGAGUACAUGGAGCUCGGGGACUUGCACAACUAUCUCCAGCGCAAGCAAUGUGGCAUGCCGGUGGCGAUGGAGCUCUCGACGAUCGAGGUCGCGCUGGUGCUGGCGUUGGCGCUCGCCGACCUCCACCGUCGCAACGUGAUUCACCGCGACGUCAAGAGUUUCAACAUCUUUCUCUCGAGAACCCACUACGUCCGGCUCGGUGACCUUGGCUCGGCGCGCGCCCAUGACCCAACUCAAGUGAUGACAUCGAACGCUGGCACAACAAACUGGAUUGCGCCCGAGGUGCUGCGGGUGCCUGGGCGCGAAGGCCAAGGACGCAUGUACACGACGGCCGCCGACAUUUACUCGUUUGGCGUCGUCUUGACCGAGCUCGAAACCGGCGAAUUGCCGUACCACGAUGUUGUCGAUUCCGAGCGCAGUUCGAUCCUCACCAAGGUCCUCGCGGGGCAGCUGCACCCGAAAAUGAGUGCGACGUGCCCACUCUGGCUCCAGACGCUUGCGAACCAGUGCAUGGCGUUUGAUCCGACAAAGCGUCCGACCGCCGAUGCCAUUGUGCAAGAGCUCUUGCUCCACCGCCACGACGACGCGCCGGCCCGCACCGAUGGCGUUUUGGCCCCCAGCCCUAAUACGAGCGCGGCUGCCUAA